AACACGUUCGACAAGAAACAAACAUCCACGGUGAAUCUUGACAGUAGAAAAGCCAAUUAAAUUCCACAUAUGACGGAUACUGAUAGAGACCGCGCCUUAUCUCCGCCUCCGACCGCCUUAUCCGGCCACUGUUCCGGACGUCGCCGGUGAAUCCCCGCUUUCGUUGUUUGGUAAGCAAGUACGUGGCCGCUUCACCGUCAGACGACAUUUCAUUUUCGCCCACUUUCUUGGCAACUUCUCUCUCGUUUUAUUCUCUCUCCGUGUUUGACUCUGUAGAUUCUACUGCGGAGGAGGACCGGAGAAAGGAAAACAAGGAACAGAGAAGUCUCCUCAGACCUAGAAACUGCUUUUUCCAUGGAGUAUCGAGCGUCGUCUACUGUCUACAAGAAAUUUUCAAAUGCUCGCAGUUUCAACGAUAAAUCGGCGUAUGAUGGCGUCUUCGCUGCUCCGUCCAAGCACGGGGCUCCGGUCUUCUCUGCUCGAGUCGAGGACUACAGAGAAAUUUUUGGCGGUUCGCGAGUCUCGUCGAUUCCGAUUCUUGAUGUUCCGGCACUCAGCGAUAAGAAGCAUCCGGUUGAUGUUCGUAGCUCGAAGCUCGAGUAUUCGAAGAUUUUUGGUGGUUUCGACGAGUUAAAUUUUGCCAUUUCUUAUGAGGAACUUCUGGCCGAGUCAAACAAAGCAAAAUCGUGUCCUCGGGAAGCUAGGACUUCAGCCGGAAGAGGAUCCUCGGCAGCAGAAAAUUCUUCUCAGCAUGGAAAGGAGAAUAACUUUUCCACGCGUGAAGCAUCAUCUCAACCACUUGAUAGAAUGGAGUUGGAGAAGAUCAACGUUUCACAUCAAAAGGUCAACCGAGGAAACACAAAUUGUGCAAUGGAGACAGCUCACGUAGCUCUUCCCCGUGCUGCUCCAGGUUUUUCAUGUUUAAUUGAUGAACACUCCCCCGUGGAGAUGCGUAGAGCUGAUAAGCCAACAUCUGAAAAAUUGAAUUAUAUUUGCCCAGAAAACAUUGAGAGUGAGGUGGCAAAGAAGCCAGAGCUUCCAAUUUCUGGUGACAGUGAACAGACUUUUAGAUCAACUAACCCUACCAAUUGUCAAAACAGAACUGGCUGGUUUAGAUCAGAUUCAUCUGAUAAGUUAUUCAAUGGAUAUGAGGUGGAUCAAGGGGUACAGGAUCCUGAAACUCCACCAAAAUGUAAUGUGCUUCCUAAAUUUGGUAUAAGUGAUGGAUUUUCAGGGAGAACAACCGGUUUAAGGUCUGAAGCUUUUGAGCACUCUGAAAAUCCUUGCGAUGUUUCUUCACCACCAUAUUUUGGGGAAGAGGUUGAUGUGGAUCCAGUUGCUGCUGCCUCGGUUGCAGCUUUGAGAAAAGCAAUUGACGCUGCUCAAGAAAGGAUAAACAUUGCUAGGGUGUCAAUGGAAAGAAGGAAAGGUGCCGGACUUCAAAAGCAUAAAAAAGUGAGGUCUUCUAGGAACCUAAAUUCUGAAGAGAGAAGGGAGCUAAGAAGUUCAAACAAUUCAAGCACAUGCCAAGAGAAGAUGGCUGGGGAAACAUAUGGAAAAGUGGAUACAUCAGAGCAAGGUUUUGCUGAAAGCAGGAAGCAGAGUUCAUCUGCAGAAUGUCCUGCCACUCAAACAGUGAUGAGGGAAAAUUUAAAUGCCACCGAAACAAAUUACAUGGAGUUUUUGUCAACAAAAGUUGAUUGUAGCGAGGAAGAAGCAGAAGAAUUAGAAGCAGUAGAACAAUUUUAUGAACCUAUGUCUUUUGAUAAAGAUGAGGCAAAAGAACUAAAACGUGAAAAGGAAGACAAUGCAGAUGAAAAUAGAUGGCAAGGAAACAAUGGAAUAGAGGAAACAUUUGAGAAUCCUGGAGAGUAUGGUGAUAGCUUUGUACAGGUCAAAGAGGCCAAGGAACCUGAGGAAAGUGGCAUAAAUUUAAGUGUAAUGAAAGGUAUACUUUUAAGCAAAUUAAAGUCAGUUCUAGGCGUCGUUGAGCAUGAAGAAAAUAAGAUAAAAUGUGGGCAAAAUCAGCUAGAAACUGAAAUAAAGGCCGAGGCAUCCAUGAAACAUGAAAAGUGUGUGGAAUUGCUGGAAGAGCUUCAAGUAACAAAAGAUCAUGAGAAGCUUGCAAUCAGGGAGAUGGGGGAAAACAACAAUAUGGAGACCCAAGUAGAGGCUCAUCAAUGGGUGGUGGAGGAAGUAAGAGAUAUCUGCCAACGAGAAGAAGAAAUUGAAACAAAUACUGUCCAAAUUGAAAAGGAUGUUGAAAAGAUAUUAGACGAAUCUAAUGAAAAUGAAAGAAAUAUAAAUUGGAUUAAUGACUCCCAUGAUGGCAAAGAAGCUGAAGAUAUGAAAGUAAAUGGUGAAUCAAAACGAAUUGAGGAACUUCAAAUAAACAAACAGGAUGAUGAGAUGAUUGCAGGGCUUUCCUUUCAUUUGUACAAUAAUGAGAAUGGACAAACAAGCAUUGGUGAAUGUGCAGUAUACGAGAGCAUUGUAAAAGAAACUCCAGACAAUCUGAAUACUAAGAAUAAAAUUGAACUAGAAGAUGGUUUAUGUGAGCAGGAUGAAUGUGAUAACAUCUCAGAAGAUCUGGAAGCUAGUAAUUUUAUAGAAAGUAUGGAAAGAGUAGAAGUGAUUACUGACCAACCUGAACAUGGAGACACUGAUAUUUCAACAGAAGUAGCUAUGACUUCCUUUGAAGCUGUAAAUAACGAACCUGGGGCAAUUAUAGAGGAGGGUGACAUGGAGGAUAGAGUACCUCCUAAAUUGUUUUCCACGGUUGAGGAUGCACUUAAGCGUGGAGAAUUAACAAUUAAAAUGGAAGAUUCUGAUGCAAGCCAUAUUUCCAUCCAAAAUGGGAUAGAUUUUGGUAUGAUAAAUAUGAAAUUGGAGGAAAUGCAAUAUGAUACACCUGUGAACUGGUCCUCUAUAUUCUGUAGUUUGGGAAACGCUGAAGGUUUCACUCCUGAACUUAGAGUAAUUGAGAGAAAUAAAAAGAAAAUUGAAGUUUCAUUGAACGAAGAGAAUUAUAAUGAUGAUUCACAUGAAGAGAUGCUCCAUGAUGAGAAUAAUAUUGAAACGGGUAACCCACCUAGUAUAUGUGAAGAUGAGAAGAAAAUCAGUGUUGUAAUGGAGGAAACUGUCACGAGCAUAAUUACUGGAGCAACUGUGGAGAACCAUCAUGCAACUCUCAAAACAGAAGAGAGUGAAACUGAUUAUGUUUUGGAAAAAGAAGUGCAGUUGGAAUCCAAUGAUAACAAUACUAUAGCAGGUAGCCAAUUUGGCAUGAUUGAAAUAGACUCGGAAAUAAUUCAUGAGAUCAAAAGAAGUCAAAGUCCAAGAGAAAGUGAGAAGAGUUAUGAAGAAAUCAUGAGAGAGGAUGGAAUUGUAGCUAGUGAUUCCUCUGAUAAAGAGAAGGAAUAUGCAGUUCACUUGGAAAAUUUGGAAGAAGCUAAUUCGCCUGGAAGUUCUGGAAGAAAAGAGAAUUUAGCAAAUAUAGAACAGGAGGUUAGUACUAGCCAAAAGGGAAUAGCAAAUGAGAAUCACCAAACAACCCCAACAUUGGAUGAAAUAGGAAUUAAUGCUGAAGUGCAGAGAGAAGCAGGAGUUGAAUCUGAAUUCAACAAUGAGACAGCAGCAGCUCAUGGUUUGUCUCAAGCUGAAGAGGGAGUAGAGGAGUUACCUGAGAUGCUGACAAAUCAAAGUAUCUUAGAAAAUGAGGAGAAUCGUCAAGCCCAGUUAAUGGAGGAGGAAAAGGUAUCCCAUGAGAAAGUUGAGAAAGAAGCUGAAGUGAUAAAGGAACGGCAGAGAAAAAUAGAUGAAGCAAAAGAAAAGGAAAGGGAGAGAGAGAGAUUAGCUGUAGAAAGAGCAAUACGCGAGGCUCGUGAAAGGGCAUUUGCAGAAGCCCGAGAGAGGGCUGCUGCUGAGAAAGCAUCUGCUGGCACUCGACGAAGAGUAAUGGCUGAGGCACGUGAACGCUCGGGGAAGAUUUCCAUCGAGGCUAACAAGAAGCCUACCACGGAAGCCAAAUUAAAAGCUCAACGUGCUGCUGUUGAAAUGGCUACUGCUGAGGCAAGAGAGCGUGCUCUAGAAAAAGCUAUGUCUGAAAAGGCUAUUUCUGAGGCAAGAAAUCUGGCCGACAAGAUUGUUGCCGAAAAAUUAUGUGGUGCUGCUGGAGAUGGUAAAAUAAAGAAGAGCUUUUCAUUUAGUGACUCUCAGCCAAAAGGUCCAAGUCCUUCCAGCAAUUUCAGACAUGCGAAUUCAUUUAACCUUGGAGGUCCUGAAUCUUCUGAGAGAGAGGUGGGAUCUGAUGGGGAAUCAGUUCAGAGAUCUAAAGCCAGGUUGGAGAGACAUCAACGAACAGUUGAGCGUGUGGCAAAAGCUCUUGCAGAGAAGAAUAUUCGUGACAUUCUCGCACAGAGAGAACAGGAAGAGAGAAAUAGAUUAGCAGAAGCUCUAGAUGCUGAAGUUAAACGGUGGUCAAGUGGGAAGGAAGGAAAUCUACGUGCAUUGCUUUCAACUCUACAAUAUAUCCUCGGGCCUGACAGUGGGUGGCAGCCAGUCCCUCUAACAGAUAUCAUCACCUCAGCUGCUGUCAAGAAAGCUUACCGUAGAGCAACUCUUUCCGUUCAUCCUGACAAAUUGCAACAACGUGGUGCAAGCAUUCAACAAAAAUACAUAUGCGAGAAGGUUUUUGAUCUUUUGAAGGCUGCUUGGAACAGGUUCAACGUGGAGGAACGAUAGUAACGCAACCCAAUUACUUCCUAAAUUUGCGUAUAAUUGCAUCACCAUUGUCAUAUCUACUAACCAUACCAUAUUGUUUCAACUUUCAGAGGCAGUUAUGAUGAGAAAAAAAAAAAAAAAAAACCCAAUUCUUUCUAUCUGCAUCUUUGAGAGGAGACCUUUUCGUCAGGAAAAAAAGGCGCGUCAACAUCAUUUUAGUGGGAAAAUAAUCUAUCUGAUGGUGUUGCGGUAAUUAUUAUGCA